ACUUAGAGACAAAGUUCGGAGCCCCGCCUCCGCCGCUUGCUGCCCAGUCGUCUGGCCCAGCCGACCAGCGACCUGCCGACCCUUUGACGGACGAGUCGGCCCGGCCCUCGAAUUCGCCAUGUCUGGCUCUUCCAGCGUCGCCGCUAUGAAGAAGGUGGUUCAGCAGCUCCGGCUGGAAGCCGGGCUCAACCGCGUGAAAGUUUCCCAGGCAGCUGCAGACUUGAAACAAUUCUGCCUGCAGAAUGCUCAACAUGAUCCCCUGCUGACUGGAGUAUCUUCAAGUACAAAUCCUUUCAGACCCCAGAAAGUCUGUUCCUUUUUGUAGUCAAAUGAAUCUUACUGAGGUUUCCCAAACCACUGCUCAAGAACCAGUGAAUAUUCAAGAGAGCUAAAUUUGAAGCCUGUACAAAAAGCUUCCCUAUAACACAUGUGCCAUAAUAUAAUCUUCUACUUUUGUCAGUCCUUAACAUCUACCUCUCUGAAUUUUCAUGAAUUUCUAUUUCACAAGGGUAAUUAUUUUAUAUACACUGGCAGCAAAAUACAAUAAAAUACUUAAUAUAAACUUU